GGUGUAACAAAACUGUUACAUGCAAAGACAUGUGAGUGUGGUCCAUGCAGUGUCAUGGGAUGGUCAUGCCUCAUGGGUCUCUCUCUCAACCCUCCCGCCCCACCUCUGCGGACCCGCGGCUGUGCUACAACUACAAAUGAAGCUACCAGCUAGCCUUCUGGGGCCCUACAUACAGCCAUAUGCCUACGGCGUCUGGAUGGGGGUGGCCGCCGCCGUCUGUGCCGCCGCCGCCGGCCCGCCGCCUGCGCCUGCGCCGCCAUCUGCGCUCCCCAGGCGGCCGCCGCUGCCGGGGCGUGAUCACGCCGUAGGAGGGGGGCAGCUGCGUAGCCGCCGGCGUCAUCGGCGUCAGCGCCCCCGCCGCCGCCUGGCCAGCAGCAACGGGGUCUUCAUCAACGACGCCAACCAAGGGCCUCUUUAUCCUCCGGUGGUACCGUGAGGUGAAAAGGGUGACGGGACCCCCCGCAGACAGCCCGCGCUACCAGAACAGAGCGUGCAAGUACUACAAGCUGACGAGCGACAACGAUGGGGAGGCCUUCCAGACUCAGUGCGGCAGACAAGAAGAUCU